GUGGAAAUUCAAACUCCGAAAGCGAAGCGGAUAAAAAGCAAGACCAGAGAAGGCUUGGAAGCGCAGCGACAUGGCCGAAGAGGGCGGUGUGACUGUGUGUGUCAGGGUGCGCCCGCUUAUUGCAAGAGAAAAUGAGGACCUUGAUGACAAAGUGCAGAUUUCGUGGAAAAGUGAAGACUGUACUGUAUCACAAAUAGAUGGGGCCAAGUCUUUUGUCUUUGAUCGAGUGUUUCAUUCUGAUGACAGUACAGCGGAAGUCUACCAAGGGGUGGCUGCACCGAUUAUAAAGUCUGCUGUUCAGGGGUAUAAUGGCACAAUUUUUGCUUACGGUCAGACUGCAUCGGGGAAAACCUACACAAUGUUGGGCACAAAGGAGACCCCGGGUAUCCUGCCUAUGGCAAUUCAUGAUGUCUUCAGCACAAUCUGCAAAAUCCCUGAGAGGGAGUUCUUACUCCGUAUAUCAUAUAUGGAGAUUCACAAUGAGACUAUACAAGACCUACUGUGCAGUAACAUUAGGAAAAAGAAGCCCUUAGUUGUACGUGAAGACAUCAAUAGGACUAUUUAUGUUGAAGAUCUGAAUGAAGAGGUGGUGGUUUCUCCAGAGCAAGUUUUGAGCUGGCUACAAAAAGGCGAAAAGAACAGACAUUACGGUGAGACAAAAAUGAAUGAAAGAAGCAGUCGUUCUCAUACCAUUUUCAGAAUGAUUAUUGAGAGCAAAGAAAAGACAGAUACUUCCAGCUCAAGUUGUGAAGGAGCUGUCAUGGUCUCUCACUUGAAUUUAGUAGAUCUGGCCGGAAGUGAACGAGCUAGCCAAACAGGUGCUGAAGGGAUUCGCCUGAAAGAAGGGUGCAACAUCAACCGAAGCCUUUUCAUUUUGGGACAAGUUAUCAAGAAGCUUUGUGAGGACCAGUCUGGUGGCUUCAUCAACUACAGGGAUAGCAAGCUGACACGAAUUCUACAGAAUUCACUGGGUGGAAAUGCUAAGACUGUUAUCAUCUGUACAGUUACUCCAGUAUCUCUAGAAGAAACUCUUAGCACUCUUCAGUUUGCCAGUACAGCUAAAAAGAUGAAAAAUACUCCCAAAGUAAAUGAAGUUCUUGAUGAUGAUGCUCUGCUGAAGAGGUAUCGUAAAGAGAUAGAAGACCUGAAACGACAAUUAGAAGAAGUUUCGUCUCUUUCUCACACCAAAGAUCAACUAGCUCAGCUUCUGGAGGAAAAGAACUCCCUUCAAAAAGAACAGCAGGACAGGAUAAGAGCAUUAACCGAGAUGCUUGUGACUGCAUCCUCUUUUGCACGAGAACAAGAGUUGAAAACUAGACGGAAGAGAAGAGUUACUUGGGCUCCAGGAGCAAUAAGCCAGGAUGGGGGAUUGUGUUUCUUGGAAGAUCUUCCUGGUAAAAGCAAACGUUACAAGGCUUCUUUCGCUUCUCUAACAGAGAUGGAAGAAUCUGUGUCAUCGGAGUUCUCAGAAUAUGAUGAUCAAGGCAUGAUAGCCAGUAUUGCACAAUCUGCAGAAGAAUGGGUUCCAGGAUCUGAAAUCAAUUUUAUUCACAAGGACUUUGCAGAGUCUGUCCAGCUUUGUGAAACCCUUGUAGAAGAGAGGGAUAAUGCAGUCACUGAACAGCAAGUUAUGAUUAUAAAACUUGAAAAUCUGCAAUUGGAGAAUAAGCAGCUGAGAUGUGAGCUCACAGAACUGAGAGAAAAAAUGUCAACUGAAGAGUUUGUGGCUCUUGAAAACGAGACUGCAAAAGAACACGAGAUGCAACUAAUGCAUGAAAUUUCCAACUUAAAGGCUAUAAUUGCAAAUGCUGAAGUUUACAACCAAGAUAUCCAGGAGGAAAUUAAGUUGAAAGAUGCACAGCUCAAGGAACAGGAGGAUAAAAUGAAGAUGCUAGAAAAUAAUGUCACUGAGCUUAAAAAUCUGGUAGAAGAAUUAAAGGCUGAAAGUGGGAAAAAGGAUCAGUCCUUCUCAAUACAAACCUCAAAUAAAGGGUUGGAUGAAAUACAACAACUGAAGCACUCUCUUAGUGAUGCUGAAGCAGUAGCACUGGAUGCCAAGAAAGAAUCGUCUUUCCUCAGAAGUGAAAACCUAGCUCUAAAAGAAAAAGUGACCCAACUUUCAGAUACUUGCAAUCAAAUGGAAAAAGACCUUAAGUGUUGCAGAAGCCAGUUAGAUGCCGGAAAAGUCACUUACAAAAAAAUGCAGUCUGACUUGCAGAAAGAGCUGCAGUUUUACGUACAAGAAAAUGCAAAGCUGGUGUCACUUGUGGAGGAGAAGGCUCCUAAAGACUUGCUGUCAUCUGUGGAAUUGCAAAGAAAGAUAGAAGAGUUAAAAAAUGAACUGAAUAAAGCUGUGGAAGAAAACACAACUUUAAGGAAAGAUGCAACUGCGUUUUCAGAAGCUAGCUCAGGACAAGAUCUUGAGAUAUUAAGAAAAGAGAUUCUUGAAAAAUCAGAGAUGAUCACUUCAUUGGUUUCUGAAAAAGAGAGCUUGCUUUCUCAAGUAGCUGAAAAGGAGAUACUGCUCCAGGAAAUGACUGAUGCACUAAAAUCCAAACAGAAUUUUGCAAAUGCUGAUGAGAUAAAGAAGGAUGCCGAUUUUCAAGAACUGAAUCAUCAGUACGAUGAACUGGGACAGAAAUUAUUGACUACAUCAGAAGAAAGCAAGCAAAUGAAAAGCCAAGUAGAUCUCCUGUCUGAUGAAAACCUCAAGCUAAAUACAGCCAUUCAUGAUCUAACCCAAGAGCUUUCUUGCAAAAUCGAAGAACUACAGAAGAAGGACUUGGAACAAGAGAAGUUUCUCAGCCUGAAAGAACAGCUUGACGAAGCCCAUCAAAAACUGAGUGAAAUGGAGCAAGUCAAAGACCAGCUGCAAGCUUUGGAAUCCAAAAUGGAGGCUGAAGAAGCAGAGAAACAGGCCAUAGCUCAAAGACUUCACAAGGGUGAAGAAGAAAUAGGAGUGCUGACCCAAGAAAGAGAUGAGCUGAAGCAGAACCAGGAGGUUCUUGAGCAGGAAAGGGACCAAAUCAAAGCAGAGAUGCAAGAAAUUGUUUCAAAGAACAUAGCAAUACAGGAAGAACUGAGAAGUACUCAUACUUCCCUGAAACAAUAUCAGAAUCAUAUUAAAGAGCUGGAAGAUGCUGUUGCAGAGAGAGACACUCAGAUUUCCAUUGUCAAAGAAUCCCUAGGAAAUACUAUUGAUGAACAGAAACAACAGAUACUGAAGUUGACCGAAGACUUGGAACAGAUCACUAUGGAGAAAAAUUUAACUAAAACUGAUGCAAGCGAAGUAGAAAAUAAUGAACUCCAGUCACUGAAGGAGCAAAUCUUAUUUCUUGAGGAGGAGAAAACAAUGCUAGAACAAGUAAUCAAGGACCUACUAGUAGAGAAGAACCGGUGUUUGAGAAGGCACCAGCUGCUUGCCAGGGAGGGCCAAAAGCCAGAAACAGAGGCUACCGUGUCUGAUCUAAAAGAAGAGCUCCAACAAGCUCUGAAGAAAAUAAGUGAAAUGGAAGAACUGAAACAACAAUUAAAAACCACCGAGUCUGUCAUGGAAGCAGAAAUAACAGACAACAUGACAUUAGUUCAGCAGCUUCACCAGAAUGAAGACACAAUGAGAGCUCUAAGUCAGGAAAGAGAUCAUCUCAGAGCCAGCCAGGAGGUUCUCAAAAUGGAGAUGGACCAACUUAAAGAGGAGCUUCAAGCUACUCAGUCAACGCUGUCUCUAAAGAUACAAGAGCUCCAAGGAAAAGAGAAGGAGCAAGAAGAGUUGCUGGAGAUGAAACAACAGCUCUGUGAAUCCCGGUUGAAGCAGGACGCCGUGGAUCAUUUGGAGGAAGAAUUAGAAGCUGAAAAAACGGCGAAGUCUGAAAUGGCCCAAAGGCUUUGUGAUAGCGAGGAAGAAAGGAAAGCUCUAAUCCAGGAAAAGGAUGACUUGAAGCAAAAGUUGGACGCCCUUCAGACUGAGAGCAAGGCAUUCAGAGAACUGGAAGAAGAGACCAGCUUGAAGAUCCAAAAACUAUUAGAGGAGUCAUGUGACUUGAAGAAACAGCUUGAAUUGCAAGAGGAGCAGAGUCAGCAGGAUGAAGAAAAGUUAAACAAUCUACGGGAGCUGAAGGCCACUGUUGAAUCCAAAAUGGCAGCCACAGAACUGGAGAAAACAGAGUUGGCUGAGAGGUUUCAUGCCACUGUGGAGCGUAUGAAAUCUGUAACCCAGGAAAAUGAGAGUCUGAAAACCACACUACAGACUCUUCAGAAUGAGAAAGACAACCUGAUCGAAACUAUCCAUCGUCUAGGUGAAACUGUCGAGAGAACAGUUACAGCGAAUUUGGAACUGCAAGAACAACUCAGACAGGCGAAUAAUUCCAUGAAGGAGAUGGAAGAAUCGAGAGAGAUCACAGAUGAGACUUCUUUGACUUCUAAAGUUCACAAAACCCUGACGCAAAUGUUUGAGGACACUGUAACAGAACUGGAGAGAUUGCGAGCCCAAGCAAAAACCAGCGAGGAGCAGGUGAACAGACUGAAGGACCAGAUUGGGGAGAGAGAUCAGUUGCAUCAGCAGCUGGAAGCAAAAUACAUAGAAGAAAAAGAACAGUUAAGGGAGAAGUUGAAUGAAGCGUUAAGUUUGCAUAUGGGUGAAAAGGAUCAAUUGCUAGCUGAACUUAAAGAUCAGACAGAAAGAGUGCAACAGUUGAUGAAGGAGAGCUCCUUCCUUCAGAAAGAGCGAAAUGAGCUCCAGCAGACUGUGCAGAAUAUCAGAGCAGAAAAUGACCAACUUCAGACCAGACUGCUUGAAAACACUGCAAAGUUCUCAGAAAUAAAUGUCAAAGUGGAGGAACAGGACAACAUUGAAAACUUGGAACAGAAAGUGUUAAAAAUAAAGGAGGCCCUAAAGCAAUUCCCUGUACUGGAAAACAGGUCUGAAUGUUUUAAAAAUAUAUCGCUUCAGAUUAAGUGUGAACUUGAUAAUCAGAAAUCGCUAUUGGCCAAAGUACUGGCUGACCUGUCUCCUCUACAAGCAAGCAAUGUCAAAAGGCUUCACAUGGAACACGAGUCCAUUAGUAAUGGUGUCCACAGCUUGUUGAACAAAGUCCAGUUCCUUUUUACCCGCUUAUGCAAGAAGAAGGCUGAAUACUACACUAAUAUCACCACUUGCACAGCUGAGCUGCUUGAUGACAGAAGAAAGCAAUAUGAGCUGCAGACUCAGUUUCGGUGUCUCCAAACACUACAUUUGGAACCACAGGGGGUUGUGCCCCAAGAACGCAACAUAGCUGAACUGAGCCAGUGCCUGGACAUGCACACAGAGCAAAUCUUGAAAGAUAUUUCGGAACUAGAGGAAGAACUUUGCAUUAUAGAAGAGCGGGUACAAAAAAUGGAAAGUGAUGGUCAAGAGGCCAAGCAGCAGCUGGCACGUUGUCUGGUUAACUUUGAUGCGCAAGACUUUGAGGCAGGCAUCAAGCAGUAUAACGAAACACUCAUGCCCGUGGGUCGGUUCCUGAAAACUAAAACUCAGGAAUACAUUCAAGCAAGAUCAGAAGUGGAAAGCAGAAAUGCUGAAUACUGCAAGGAGACAGAAGUUGCCCUGAAAGCAUGCAGAGAACAAACCAAGGAGCUGCUUCUGGAACUGAAUACACUUCAAGAGAAGCAGAAAUCUCAUGUUGCUAAUGUUGUACUAGAAGAAGAAAACUACACGCUGCAGAAUAAAUUACAAGUGGCAGAGCAAGAUGUAAAAAAUCUGAAGCGGAAAAUCCAAGAUCUAGAAAAUGGAGCAAAUGAAGCUGAGAGAAAUCGCCAGCAGAUGGAAAAAAGAAUAUAUGCAUUGCAAGCAGAACUUACUGUGAGAACGUCCAAGAGUGAGGUGGCUAAACUUCAGGCUGCACUCGAAGAAAAAGAGAAUUGCUUAAAAAGUGCACUGGCAGGGAAAGAAACACUAAAGGCGCAACUAGAUAAAGGGGCAGAAUUGUACAAAGAGGAAAUUGAGGACCUCAAAACUCAACUUGUGAAAGCUGAUAUGGCACGAAUGAAGCAGUCCAAAUACUUUGACCAAGAAAUGGCGAAUGCAAAAGCCCUUGCAGAACACAGAGAAGAUCAGUUAAGAAAAUUAAAGGAAGAACUUCGCAGAGUGCAACAAGAACAGGAUGUAACAGUAAUAGCAAGCAAAGAUCUUCCUCAGACCUCCUUGCCAAUUACUUGUGGUGGUGGAAGUGGAAUAGUCCAGAACACACAGGUCCUGGUGUUGAAAACAGAGCAUGCGAAACUGGAAAAGAAAUACAGUCAGCUCAAGAAAGAAUAUGACCUUGUGUUGGCGAACGAGCUUACCUUGAAAGAAGAGAUAAAGAAGUGGAAGGAGCGAGCUUUGAAGAGAAGGGAGCAGGCCUCAAGAAGCACUGAUGAGGAGCAAAGGCUGAAAUCUCCCAGGAGAACAGCACCAGCCGCAUUCCCAGAAGUGCCAUGUUCUCCCUCCAAGGAACAGUCUCUGAGGCCCGUUUUGCCACUGGAUACUCCUCCUGCUACAGCAUUGAAUUGGCCAACUUUCUUUGAUGAUCCACGCCAAGGAAAUUCGACAGACAGAAGACCUACAAGAGCAGAAUCAUCAGAAAACACUCUGAAGCACUGGAUUGCAACUGCAAAUAAAGAUGAUGCUAAAAACUGCAAGACACAAUAAAAAUCUGGUUCAUCUGUGGAUUCUAGAGAUUCUUGAGGGACAAUGCUGCUGGAGUUGGUACCAUCCUGUUUCUAUUAAGGACACAGACUGUCUUGUCUUUGACUUUUGAUUGUCCUUCCUUCCUUCCUUCCUUUCUUCCUUCCUUCCUUCCUUUUUCUUUCUGGUUUUAUCUAUUAUGGAUCUAUUUUGUAUUGCAUUUUUAAAAAAUUUAUAAAUAAAAGCCA